GGUCUCAACAAAAAAAAAAGAUCUGACUCGGGUCUUUUGUUUCUUUAUGUCUUCUAUGAUAAGCAAACCAUAAAACCUCGACUCGCUACACUGACUUGUUUAUCAAAUCGUUGUGUAUAGACUGGUGCCAUAAUCAAUAAUAUCUAGACUCGGAGUAUGGCAGAUGCUGAUACCGCUCGUCUGUGUGUUCAAAUUAUCCAUUCACACUUUGGUCCCCUUACAGCAUCUGUAGCUUCUGCCUUGCUAACGCGAGGGCGCUUGCCAUUACUGCAGCUCGUUCGAUACACUUCGUUAAAGCCUCGCACAGUGCGAGCAGCUGUGUUGAUUUUGGUACAACAAAAUAUCCUAUGGCAUGCGCAUUCAGAAGAGGAAGGAGAGGUGCUGGAGGUGAAUACUAAAGAAUGUUUGAUGAGAUUGAGGUUUGGAAGGUUCGUCUGGCAAGCCGAACAGGUGUUUGGUAAAGCAGCUGCUGAAAUUGUUCAGCUUAUUCUGGAUCAUGGAAAACUUCGUCCGGUAGAUAUCGUUGCCCAACUAUCGAUCUAUGACCCAAAAAGUUCGAGCAUGUACUCACAGGCGCUGCAUAAACUGGUGACUGCUUCGUAUUUAAAACCGUCUACAAUCUUGUCCCAUAACUCCCCACGGGACAAGCGAAUCAGAUAUGAAGGAGAAGAGAAAGCUAAGAUAUCCGGUUUUCCGACGGCUAAAGAACUGCGGGAAGCUAAGGAAACGGCGGCAGCGCGUUUGAAGCGGGAAGAGGAGGAAGCCGAAAAGAUUGGAUUGAAACGAAAGCCGAAAGAGCAAUCCAGCAAUCGAUCAAAUAAACGGAAAGCAGUGGAUGAGGAAGUUUUCGUUGACGAUGAAGUGUACUUCAGAGUGAACUUCGACAAGUUUAACAUCCAUAUACGCAACAAGAUCAUUGAAUUAGCCGUAAAGGAACGUUUCAAUAGUAGCGCUGCGUUGGUCAUGCGAGCUGCUCUGAAGGCAACAGAAGCGAAACAAGUCAGUUCGGCGAGUGUGCGUUCAGACCCCACAUCCAUUGCAGGGAUCUCAAUGCAUGUUGACGAUGCCGAUGACCUUGCGUCGGGGCUUGUUACAUCUUCGAAAAAAGCUCCUGUUGCAUCACUGGUCAAAAAUUAUCUGGGCCUAUUGUCCUCGGCAGAUAACCCUACCCCGAGCGGUCAAGCGGCUGCCUUCGUAUCCCUUUCAGACAACAAGGUUCAUGUCGAAUUCGAUGUAGUUAAUAAAAGGUUGAGAAGACGUGUAUUAGAAGCUGUAACGAGAGAACGACACGGCGAUGACGGUGUACGAAUUUUGCGACUGUUGUUGGAUACCGGCAAGAUGGAUGAGAAACAGGUUUCGAAGGUGGCAAUGAUGGCGAAUAAAGACGCUCGACCACUGCUAUCUGCACUUUCGACGGAUUCUUUGAUCUCAAUUCAAGAAGUGCCAAAGAGUGCUGACCGUAAUCCAACUAGAACAUUCUAUCUGUGGUUUGUGGAUCUACCGAAAGCAUAUUCUGUUUUACUUGGAAGCCUCUACAAAACUCUGUAUAAUAUCAGUAUGAGGCGCCACGCAGAGCAAGAAGAGUCGAACGUGAAAGCGGUACUCGAGAAGUGUGAAAGGAGCGAUGUAUCGCAGGAUGAAACCUUGCUAUCGAGGUUAGAACGAGAGAUAUUAAAGGAUUGGGAGAAGAAGAGAGAAAAACUGAUGGUGCUGGAAAUGCGAGUUGAGGAGGCUGUCUUUAUCCUUCGAGACCUUGAUUCAAGCGGGACAAUUGAUGAUCUUUGAC